UAUCUCGAGGAAAGGCGGGGACUGGGUAAGAAGAUGGCGAGUGGCUACUACUUUGUGAUCGUGGGUCACGGAGACAACCCUCUGUUCGAGCUGGAAAACUCUACCAAGACCUCGGACAAGAGCGAUGACAAGAAGAGCUUGAACCAGUUUGUGGCCCACGCGGCACUGGAUCUGGUGGACGAGGCCACCUGGCAGACUGGGAACUUGUACCUCAAGACUGUGGACAAGUUCAAUGAUUCGACCGUGACUGGGUUUGUCACAGCCAGCCGUAUCCUGCCCUGCGCGACGUAGCUAAAGAUUACAGUGGAUAUAGCAGUGUUGUAUGUGCAGCCUGUUGGCUGAAGAGAUGAUUUCCUGACCCCUGUAAUCAGACAUGCGUUUCCUGCUCCUUCAUGAUGGCCAGUCACGAGGCAGCGACACAAUACGAAACUUCUUCACCGACAUGUAUGACGCCUUCGUAAAGGCAGCACUGAAUCCGUUCUAUGUGCCCAACACUCCCAUCACCUCCAUACAUUUCAAGAGAAAAGCUCAGCAGAUUGCAAAGAAACAUCUCAAUUGAUCCAACCACACUACAACUUCAACUCGUGCUGAUGUUGUCUUUUUGUACCGCGUGCAUGGGACAUUAACAACAUUCACUUGUGACAGUUAUUUGCACAAAUUGUCCAGCUAUAGUCAGUUUUCGGGGAUUGUGGAUUGACCUGUCCACCUUCCAAUUUCUUGUUAAAGUUUAAGGGCCACCCUGUAUUCAUUGUUACACAUUGUCUCAACUACCUUAUAAACUGUUGAUACAUGGACAUACAUUAUAGCU